AUGGGCGCCUGGAAAAGCCGGGGCCUGCGCUACUCCGAGGAGGCUGGCCACGGGGUCACGCGCGAGGUGCGUGUGGCCGGAGCCGGCCUUGAGGACGUGAACGGUGUCUACACGCUGGCCAGGGAGUUCGCGGGCGCAGAGAUGUUCGAGAAGGAUGGCGGGGGGUCCCCCUUGGGCAAGGUAUACAUCCGCCGCCAGGCGGAGGGCAUGCCUGGCGAUUGGGUCAUCACGCUGUCCGCUGACGCGGACAGCGUGAGAAGUGAGCACCUGUACAGGCGGACCGAAGUGAGAAAGGAGCAGGUCUUCCCGCCGCUCCUCGGCUGGAAGCCGUGCACGGCAGCCGAUGGCGUGCUCGAGCGCCACGUGGAUCAGCUCUCCAAAGGCCUGCCGAAGCUCGAGUAUCACAACGUCAUGGCGGAGAGGGGGCGUGGAUUGAUGUCUCCGCUGGAGGAGUGGGACCAGCAAGACACCAGCUCGAGCCUCGAGGUGUGCGUCGUCGGCGCGAGCAACAUUCCCGAUUCCUACGCGUCCAAGCUCCACUGCACCUUCCAGGUGCCCGGUAAGGACGAGAUCAUGGAGUCUGGCGCCGUCGCCAAUUCUACAGACCCAGUGUGGAGGUUCAAGGCUCCCCUGAAGAGCUGGAGGCAUCCGGAUCCUUUGAAGUUCACAGUGUUCGCGAACAGUAAUAUCAAGAUUGGGGAAACCACGCUGGACUACACCGCAUUCCGCGAGACAGGCUUUGUUGGAAAGCUUCCUUUGUCGUUGUUUGGAUCUGACGACCCAAACGCGACGGUGAAUGUCUGCGUCACCAGGCCAGGGCAGCUUAUACCGGGCGUCGAUGUCGUGCUCAAGAAAGAGUUGGACGCGAAGAUCGGCAUCGAGGUUGCCAUCGAGUCGAAGACAUCCCUGUCCAUAGUCAAGAUCGCGGAAGGAGGGCUCAUUGACAGAUGGAAUGGUGACCACCCUGAGCAGCGCAUCCAUCUACGCGACAUCAUCACCGAGAUCGACGGGACGCGAGGGACGUGCUACGACCUGCUGUCGAGGCUAGCAGUCCAGGAUGAGCCGAGGACCAUCCAGAUAAAGGUUUAG